ACCCGAUAUUAGACGGGCGAACACUAGCAUAUUUGACCCGCUUUGAUAUUUCAAAACCGUACCCUAACCGUUUAGAUUUUCCUUCCACGAGGGACACCAUUGUUUCCGGUUCACCACUGGAAAGCUGCACGUCGGUUUAGAAACCCUACGCCGCCGAUUGCUAAUCUUACUCUCUCCCCCGCCGCAUUAUCUCUUUCUUAAACUCGCUCAUACUGUCGAUCAAAUCAACCAGUAAGCUUCUUCGACUAUCCUCUUUUACCAUUACUGCUUCAAAGGGACCCGUCGAUCUCCUUUUGAUCUAAUCUAGAGUUAAUCGUUUGAUGGGAAGCAACGGAAUAUUUCCUCCACCGCAUCAUAUGCAUCGUCCUGGCCUCCCUCACCCGGAGGCUUUUGGCUCCGUUCCUUCCUUUCCACCUCAACUCAUGGAGCAAAAACUCGCGGCCCAACACGGGGAAAUGCAGAGACUAGCCAUAGAGAAUCAGAGGCUUGCUGCUACUCAUGGUAACCUGAGACAAGAGCUAGCAGCAGCGCAGCACGAGUUGCAGAUGCUGCAUUCUCAGAUAGGGUCCAUGAAGUCUGAGGGUGAGCAGCGGAUGAGCGGUCUUGCUGACAAAGUUGCGAAGAUAGAGUCUGAGCUUCGAAAGUCUGACGCUUUGAAGCUGGAGAUGCAAGAGGCUCAUGCAGAGGCACGGAGCCUGGUCGUGGCCAGGGAGGAACUUAUGUCUAAAGUGCAUCAUUUGACUCAGGAGCUUCAGAAGUCUCGCUCAGAUGUGCAGCAAGUUCCUGCUCUCAUGUCCGAGCUUGAUGGUUUGAGACAGGAAUACCAGCAGUGCAGGGCAACGUAUGACUAUGAGAAGAAGUUUUACAACGACCAUAUAGAGUCACUUCAGGCAAUGGAGAAGAACUACAUGACCAUGGCUAUGGAAGUACAAAAACUUCAAGCACAGUUAAUGAACAGUGCAAAUGCGGACAGAGGAGCUGGUGGCCAUUAUAACACUGCUGAAAAUGACGCUUCUCAGAAUGGAGUUGGUUACUAUGGUGAUGCUUACCAGGGAUACAUCCCUCCACCAGCUCCUGGUACUGCAACUGCACCAAAUUCAAUUGUUGGCACAGCUCAGUAUCCUUAUCAAGGAGUAACUCAACCAGGAGGAUACUUCCCUCCAGGACCCGGUUACUACUUCCCAAGAGGCCCUCCUCCUGGAUCAUCCAACAAUGCGCCUUACGGCUCUGCUGCAACAAAUGCUCCACGCUGAAAUCUUAGUCACAGAUGAGGCCACCACCAACUCUGAGUACAUAUGGUUAAUAACUCAUCGGAUGUUCAACUGUGGGUUUGGAUUAUCUCUGUGUAUGGUCAAGAGACAGUGGUUGCCUUUGAGUGCUAUUGUUUAUCUGAUUUUGCGAGCGCUUCUUAACUUGAGUUUCUAAGGAGAGCGUACUGUUUUUUUCCUUGGAUCAACUAGAGAGAGUACUGUUUUGGACAAGUGUUGCCACUUGUAGCUGUGAUACUCAGAGAUGCAAAAUGGGGGAAAAAACAAAAAAAGAAGAUAAUUAUUUUAUUUUUUUUUAACUAAGUUGAACAUGAAUAGAAAUUUUGUAGUUUGCUACAUGACUAUAUUAUUAUUUUGCA